CUAUUACGUGUUUUUCACGUUGACCCCCAUACUUCGAUUUAUUUUAAUUUAGUAUUUGAACUUUCCACAAAUUAGUCAAUUAGCCCCCUGCCAUCACCUUUUGUCUAUAAUUGGACGGAAUAUGCUAACGUGGCAUUUAAAAUUUCAUUUACCCCCCAAACUAUACCUUACAAAAUCAAUUUACCUUCUAAAUUAAAAAUCAAUUUGCUCUCCAAACUAUACUUUAAAAAUCAAAUUUGCCCCCCACAUCAACACAUUCCGUCCAAUUGUGGAUGAAAGGUAACGACAGGGAUCUAAUUGAUCAAUUUGUGAAAAGUUCAAGUAAUAAAUUGAAAUAAAUCGAAAUAUAGGAGCUAACGUGAAAAAUGCGUGAUAGCUUGAGAAAAAAAUGAUAUUUACUCUAAAUAUAAAUAAUGUUUGGGUGGUAGUUGGAAGCUUGCAAUUAUGAAGACAUUCGUACACUUCUGCAUAUCUAUAAAUCAGGCCCUGCAGCUUCCUUUGAAUCCAUCCCAUCUUGUUUCAGUGAAGAAAGGAGUAGUACACUUCAAAAUAGAGAAAAAUGACUUUGAAUCGUAGUUGUCAUCAAGAUUUUUACACUCUCAAAUUACCUUCCUUUGUUCACUGCCUAAAGGCCCAUCUUGUAUCCACCAGGUCCACCAGCUCCAGGGAGGCACUGCCAGGUAAUUUGGAAAAGCCUCUCGGCCAUACGCUGAAGAAGCCACAACAUUCCGUAUCAACAGUAACUCGUUCAAUGCCUCCAGAAAACAUAGAGUUGUUCAAAUCCUUGGAAGACUGGGUUACAACAAAUGUGUUGAUUCACCUAAAACCAGUGGAGAAAUGCUGGCAACCACAACACUUUCUUCCAGACCCGACAUCGGAUGAAUUCUUAGAACAAGUGGUGGAACUGAGAGAGAGAGCAAUGGAGCUUCCAGACGAUUACUUUGUAGUAUUGGUCGGAGACAUGAUCACUGAAGAAGCUCUUCCAAGUUACCAGAGCAUGCUUAAUGGGUUUGAUGGAAUUGGGGAUGAAACAGGGUCAAGCCUCAGUCCUUGGGCUGAUUGGAUAAGGGGAUGGAGUGCUGAAGAGAACAGGCAUGGAGAUCUUCUCAACAAGUACCUCUAUCUUUCUGGCCGUGUUGACAUGAAUCAAAUCGAGAAGACUGUCCAGUAUCUGAUUGGGUCCGGAAUGGAUAUUAAGACGGAAAACAAUCCAUAUCUAGGAAUGGUUUACACAUCAUUCCAAGAAAGGGCGACAUUUAUUUCUCAUGGUAACACAGCCAGGCUUGCCAAACAUUAUGGUGACAAUAACUUAGCACAGAUAUGUGGUACAAUAGCCUCUGAUGAGAAGCGUCAUGAAACUGCUUACACCAAGAUGAUGAAGAAGUUGUUCGAGGUUGAUCCUGAUGCUGCUGUCAUAGCAUUUGCUGACAUGAUGCAGAAGAAAAUUACUAUGCCAGCUCACUUCAUGUAUGAUGGUCAUGAUGAUGAUCUGUUCAUGCACUUUUCAACUAUUGCUCAGCGGCUUGGUGUGUACACUGCCAUGGAUUAUGCUGAUAUAUUGGAUUUUUUGGUGGACAAAUGGAGUGUGGAGAAGCUAAGUCCACUCUCUCCUGAGGGACGAAAGGCUCAAGAUUAUGUUUGCGGGUUAGGUCCCAAAAUUCGAAGGUUGGAGGAGAGAGCUCGACUAAAAUCCAAGGAAAGAUUUGCUAUACCAUUUAGUUGGAUUUUCAAUAGAUCAGUGAAGCUCUAAGUAAAAUAAAGGACUUAUUAUUAUUAUUAUUAUUAUUAUUAUUAUAAGGGCUCUGCUCUAAGCCAUUACCAGUAGUAACACAAACUACUAGUAAUGUAUGUACGUAUGUAUGCAGUGGGAGAAUCAAUGUAUGAAGGAAGCGGCACAACAUAAGUGAUAAUUUCUCAAA